AACACUGACAUCAUAAUGAACAUCUUGGUUGUCUCCUGCUCCUGUAGAAAACCUCAUUUACAUUUAACAACCUGAGCUGAGUACUACCUCUCUGUCUUUGGUGAAAACAAACUCUCAACAAUUGCAAAAUACAACUUCAGUAACUACAACAACAACUAUAUCAGAAAGUACCACAACUCUGAAACUACAAUACAGUUUCAAGUUGAACUCCAACUGUGAAGUACGACUACUAUAUUUACAGCCAAUAUCUUGACAUGGACAGAAGAUCCGGCUCAAGAAACCGGGCAUUUUGGCCAAUGCAGUUUGGUGCUGCAUUAUACGGCCCAAUCAGGCCGGCUGCGGUGCAGCUGCAGCACUCCGAGCAGCUUCCUAACUCAGUUGUGCAGGGACUCAGAGAUGCCUUGUACUCUGCCAUCACUGAGAUAAAGUCUCUCAAGGAGGAAAACAAAGCUCUGAAGGAGCAGAUUGGCCUGCUGGGAAACAGGCAGGUGGAGGUGAGCCAGCUCCAAGAGGAGCUCAAACAAAAAGAUGACCUCCUCAAAAGGGUCACCAAAAAAAGGCGGGCUAGAACAAGAGCCCACAUGGAGACCCUGGGCCUGCUGUCUCAGAUGGAGAAGGAGCUGAAGAGGAGCGAAGAGCAGUGGAAGAGCACAUGUGAUGCUCUGGAGGCGAGCCUCGUGUCCAAGAACAACCAGCUGCAGAAGCUCACUUUCAACACAAAGGAGCAGGAGCAGUCUGAGAAAAAAGAUAGAAAGGAACAGGAGGAGAAGAAAAUGAAAGAGGAGGAGGAGGAGGAGAAAAAUGAGAAGAAGAGAAAGGAAGAAAAAGAAAAGAUGGAAAAUGUGGAGAAAGAAAAGGCAAAGAAAGAGAGGAAAGAACAGAUGGAAAAGGUCAGACAUCAGCCCAACAUCCUUCCUCCUGAAACCCCUACCCCUACCCUCCACCCCUACCUACCUUACCCACUCCCCCUUCCUACCCCCUUCUCCUCCUACCCCUUCCCCACCCCCUUCUACCCCUUCUACCCCUUCUCCCCUUCCCCUCCUACCUCACCCCCUCUUAUCCCUUCCUCCCCAAACCUCCACCCCUCCCCACCCAACCCUUCUUUGUGA